AUGGCGAACUUUAACAUGAACACUAUGACCUCAUACUCUCAUUUGCUUGAUUCAUCUACUAAAAUUCCGAUGUUGAUUCCGGAAUAUUAUGAUCAAUGGGCUGACAAAAUGGAAUAUUAUCUGAAUGGGAUUGAUGAGGAGCUCUGGAACUAUAUCAAUGGACCAGUUGUACAUCCUACGAAUGUUCAAACAUUAGGAGCCUCUGGAACUUCAGAUCAAGUCACUAAUCAAGGUGAUCAUAUGAAAAAGAAUGAGAAGAGAUGUAUGCGAGAGCUGAGAGGUGCAUUGCCACAUGUGGUUUACAACUACAUUUGUGGCUGUAAAACAGCAAAAGAAGUAUGGAUAACAUUGAAAGAAAAAUACCAAGGUAGUGAAAAGACAAAGAUCAAUUUUGUUAAACAAUGUCUUGUUGAGCUUAAGGAGUUCAGCCAGAAGGAUGCUGAGACGAUUGAAAAUUAUUAUGAUCGUCUGAAUGAACUCAUUUAUCGAUGCAGCAGAUAUGGAAUCACAAGGUCUCCUAUGGAAUUCAAUCUUACAUUUAUCAUGGGCCUUCGCAAAGAAUGGCGAAGUGUGAGCAUGAUGAUAAAGAAUCAUCAGAGCUUUGAUACUUCGAGUCUGAAUGAUUUAUACAAUCAACUGAAAACACAUGAAAACAAAGUGGCUGAAAUGUUAGAAGAGUCGAAACAAAGUUUAGGUGGACCACUGGCGUUGGUGUCAAAAAUGAAUGAAGUUGUGUCUGUUGAAAAUGAAGGCACGGAUGAUGAGGGGUUCCUGAUGAAUUCUAAUAAUGAGGCAGUUGCAUUUUACUCAAACAACAGAGUAAAGAAAUUUUUUAAGAAGCCAUUCAAACCAAAAGGUAUGCAAGGAGAUGCGAAGAGUGGUUUUGAGAAAGCUAGAGUAAAGGAUGGAGGUAAGGAGAAGAAGAAGUAUGAGAAGUAUGAAAAGGUGGAUGAAAAUGUGAAGGAAUCAAAGACAGAGAAAAAGCUGAAAGGUGACUCAGGAGUCAAUUGUCAUUACUGUAAUGGAGCUAACCACUUCGCAACUGACUGCAUGUUAAGGAAGAAGGAUGAAAAGAAAUCCAAAGUCAAAGACGAAGCUUACUAUGCUGAAAAGCUUGAGGAAGUUCGUGCAAAAGCAAAAGGGUUAUCUUUGGUUGCUAAGGGAGAGAUAGACGAAGAUGAAAGUGGAACCUACCAAAUCUGA